UUUAUUUAUUUAUAUUUAUUUAUUAUAUUUUUUUUUACAUUUUCUAUUAAUCAGACAAAGGAUGGUGAAAUUCUGGAUUGCGUGGAGAUAAACAAGCAAUUUGCAUUAGACAAUCCAUUACUACACAAUCACUCAAUUCAGAUGAAACCUAAUUUCAAGAUCUCCAAGCAAACUACAUCAACUAUUGGCUCUUAUACAAUAUCUUUAUCGCCUCCACAACUUGUACCGAAAAGUACAAGAUGUCCUAGAGGAACUGUUCUUAUCAAAAGAAUUCGAGAAGAGGACCUUGCAUUGGAGAAAUUCUCAUCAUCAUUUAAGACGACAAUUUCAACCACCAAAUUAACCGAGUCUAUAACUCCUAACAUUGAUUCAGUACCUGGACACUACAUUGCAACUAUUGUAGCAUCAACCAACAACGUUGGAGUAUAUGGACUUAUUGUUAAAAUCAACUCUCAGACACCUCUGUUUUUUGUUGCAAGUGAUGAUGGUGACGUUACCAACGCUAUUCAAGCUGGCUGGGCGGUAUAUUCAUAUUUAUACCAGAAUUCUACUCGGUUAUACUCUUAUUGGACCAGGGAUACAGGGAAGAUCACAGGGUGUUACAAUGCAUUGUGUCCAGGAUUUGUACAAGUUAGUCAAAGCGUUACUCUUGGCCAAGUUAUAGAUCCUAUAUCAACUUAUUGGGGUCAUCAAGUUUUUACAAAUACUACCAUUCAACAGGACCAAGUUACGAAAAACUGGUGGCUUAUCUUUGAAACCGAGCCUUUAGGAUACUUUCCGAAGGAGCUGUUUAGUACCUUAGCGAAUGGUGCAACAAGAGCAGGGUGGGGAGGAGAAGUUUACACCCCAACGACGGCUACCUCUCCGGCGAUGGGAAGUGGUAACUUCCCAGAAGACGGAUAUUCAAAAGCUUGCCUUAUAUCAAAGAUGCAAGUGAUAGGUCCACAAUAUUUUCCUAAUGGAACAGACCUUAGACAGACUAUAACUAAAGCAGAUUGUUACAGAGCUCUUUAUGGAGGAAAUGUUGGAGGUGACUUUGAUAAUCAUAUGUUUGUUGGUGGACCUGCAAAUUGUAAUGCUUGAGUUAUUGUGCAAAUUGUGUCAUGAAACUCAUCUUUCAAUUGAUGAAUUGAUUGUAUGAACAUAGAGUUAUCGUAUUUU